AUGACUGUCGAAAACGUUUGCAUUAUUGGCUCCGGCAACUGGGGUUCUGCUAUUGCCAAGAUCAUUGGUGAAAACACGGCUCGACACAGCGACGUCUUUGCACCCACUGUGCGCCAAUGGGUCUUUGAAGAAAAAGUGAAUGGCGAAAACCUGACCGAAAUCAUCAACACCAAGCACGAAAACGUGAAAUACCUGGCCGGUGUGUCGCUCCCGACCAACGUGGUGGCCAUUCCAGACGUGGUCGAAGCCUGCAAAGGUGCUUCCUUGAUUGUCUUUGUCUUGCCGCACCAGUUUGUGCGCGGUGUGUGUGAAAAGAUGAAGGGUCACCUGGCGCCGAAUGCCCGUGCCAUUUCGCUCAUCAAGGGUUUGGAAAUUACGCCCCAGGGCACCCGUCUGUUCUCGGAAGAAAUCGCGCGUGUGUUGGAUAUUCCUUGCGCUGCACUGAGUGGUGCCAACAUUGCAGACGAGGUUGCGCGUGAAAAGUUUUGUGAGUCGACGGUUGGCUGCACCAACAUUGCCGAUGGUCAGGUGUUCCACAAGCUGUUUGACGCACCUUAUUUCCGUAUCAACGUUGUUCAGGACCAUGUCGGUGUUCAAUUGUGCGGUGCGUUGAAGAAUGUGGUGGCCGUCGGUGCAGGAUUAUCGGAUGGUCUGGGUUUUGGAAGCAACACAAAGUCGGCGAUCGUGCGUCGUGGGCUGGUGGAGAUGCGCAAGUUUGGUCAGACCUUCUUUGGCGAUGUGGUUCAGACCGAGACUUUCUUUGAAUCAUGCGGUGUUGCAGAUUUGCUGACAACGUGCAUGGGUGGCCGUAACCGCAAGGUCGCCGAGGCAUUUGCAAAGACUGGCAAGUCGAUCGAUGUGUUGGAGGCUGAGCUGUUGAACGGCCAGAAGCUCCAGGGCACGCUUACGGCCAAGGAGGUCAACGAGUUCUUGACUGCACGCAACAUGGUCGAGGAAUUCCCUCUCUUCACCACCGUCUACCGUAUCUGCUACGAAAACCUUGACAUGCACGCCAUUGUUCGUGACAUUUAA